UAACUUCACUUUCAUUUUCUCUUCUGCAAACUCUAAUUUAAUUGUAUAUACUACAUUUCAAAAUUGCCACAAAAAAAUGAACAAACUUUGCAAUCAAUUUCAUUUGGGUCGAUUCAAUUUUUUUUCCUUCCCUUUAUGCAAUUAUGCUACCAUGUGUGUAUGAGUGUUAUGUAAUAAUUUAGUUAUAGAAAUUCAUGUGAAGUUAAUUAAUACAUUUGAUGUUGUUGAUAAGGUUGAGUUCAGAGAACAAUGGAGUUAAGAACAUUUACCUUACAACCGACACACUUGUUUCCAACAUUCACAUGUUGUGUCAAACCUUAUAAUUUCCAGCAUUCACAUAAGAAUGAUUUUUCACUGAAAAUCAGUAGAAGAAAUUUGGGGUUGAUUAUUUUUAGUAGAGAGUGUAUAAUUAGGACAGAGAAUGCAAAUGCAUUUGAGUUUGGACUUGUGGCACCUGAUCAAACAGUUGAAGAGGCACAAAAUGUUGUUAGGGUUCAUGCACAAGAUUUAUUGCAAGUUAGAAAUUUGUUAGAGUCAGAGUCAUGGAAAAUAGCACAAAAAGUAUUGAGAAGAAGCUCAGCACUGUUGAAGAAGGAUAUCUACACUAUAAUUCAAAGCAAGCCUGGAAGUGAAAGGCCACAAUUAAGGAAGCUCUAUUCUACUCUCUUCAACAAUGUUACUAGACUAGAUUAUGCAGCAAGGGAUAAAGAUGGACCUGAAGUAUGGCAGCGUUAUGAGAUCAUUGUUGCGGCUGUUAAUGACAUUCUAUCAAGAAUAUAAUAAUAAAAAUCCUUAGUGUUUUGAUCAAUGGGAGACUAAGCAAUUCUUGAUAAAGUUUAUGUUGAGAAUUAGCCAAAUAUAAUUGUUGCAAGAGAGUGAUGUAUUGUGAUAUACGGAAUCCAAAGUAGCUGAAUGAAGAAAGGGACCCUGUUGCAUAGAUCAUGAAUUUGGUCAUUGAGAUUUAGCUAUGAGAGUGUUGAGUGUCUAAUUAUAGGUGCAAAUAUGUGUUCUGCCUCAGUUUCCUCAGGAGCUAAUGAGAAAUCUAUGCCAACUUUUGAAAUGUUCUUCCGCGGUAAAUAUGAGUCUUGCUAACAAAUGCUUUAAAAAUACAUGUUAAAGAAUCAAAGAUAGAAAUUUUGGAUUGAAUAAA